AUGUCUCCUCCACACUCUACCUCGAGCGGUCGGUCAUGGUCGGCCGUCCUGCUUCUUAUCGUGUCCUUUCUCUCGCUCAUAGAUCUUACCCUCACCAACGACAACCUCUGGAUACAGACUACAAACAGCGCCGGGGAGACAAUUUGGCUGCGUGAUGACAGAAAGCCAGCGCUCUACACACAGGACUUCGGCGAUUGCCUGGGCAGCUCCUUGAUCAACGUUACGCGCUUCGAUGCUGCAUACUACCAGGAUAAUAUGACGGUGCUGUUCCAUCUGGAGGGGAAUACUAAUGUGGCCAACGAGAGUAUCAUGAUGUACAUUGGCGUUUUCGCGUACGGAGAGUCUCGCUUCGACCUCACCUUCAACCCCUGCAAUGCCCAGAUAUACAGUCUUUGUCCCAUGAAUAGCAGUGUCCCCAUCUCUUGCUGA